AUGAAAGUGAAUAGAAAUCAUUCAUUGAAUCGUCAUGAGGACAACGAUGCUACUACUACUACUACUACUACUGAGAAUGUACAAUUUUCAUCAUCAUCUUCAACAACAACAAACUUACAUGAUGAUGCAUCAUUCAUUUCACAUGAUGACCAUUCUCGAAAAUCAAACACACUCUUCAAAUGCACUCUUUACAAGUAUCAAUUUUCAAGAUCAAAGAUUUUAUAUGUUGAUUGUAUUGCACCUCUUGUGGUUGAUGAAAAUGAAUCUGAUGAGACCAUCAUGAAAAGAAAUGAGAAAUGGUUUGAUGUUCGAUUUGCAAAAAUCAUUAAGGGACAAGUUUAUUAUUGUCCUUCUAGUAAUAGUAGUAGUAGUAGGUGUGAGAAUAAUAUGAACCAUACCACAGUUCCAACGAUUCGUAGUAACAUGAUGACGAAUCAAGUACACAAUAAUGAUCAUUCUGAUCUAUUGAAUGAAUCCAAAGAAGAAUUAACACCACCUCUACUCUCAGAAUCGAUUCAAUUAUUAUGUCAAUCCCUAUGGUAUGAUGAAGAAAAUUACAAAUUAUAUUUAUAUAACAAUGAUGAUGCACCAUCAAUCCAUGAGAAUGGAGAUAAUGAAAAUAUGAAUGAAAAACAAUCUAAAUUUGUGGAUUUGGUAGAAAUGAAUUUACAAUGUCAAUUCCAAGGACGAGUUCUAAUGAAAAUGAAUACACAAUGUGAGAAAUUAUUAUUGAAUGAUCACUCUUCCAUAUUGGUAUUUAGAAAUCGAACAAUAUUGAAUCAUCCAUUCAUUAGAAAGUCAUUUACAGAAGUUCAUUUAACCGAUCAACAAUUAAGUCAUAUUGACAAUGAUGAUAAUUGUAUGAAUUCGAAAUGUUCCAAGACAGUCAUGACCCAUCAAAACACUACAGAAAUUGAUUACACAAACACUACCCUCCAUGAAAAAGUUGACAUUUCAAGUGUUCAUAAGGAUGAAUUUUCAAAUACUCUCUUUCAACAAAAUUCAAUUCAAAUCUCUUGUUGUGAUACUACUAUACAUACCAUCAAUUCACAACAAGAAACGGAAAAUAUUAUAACAUCUUCACCUGCAUCAGAACCAUCCUCCGUGAUUGACAAGAAGAAAGAAAAGAACAACAAGAUGGAUACUAUUAUUUCCGAGUUCAUCCAUAAAGUGUUAUAUUGGAAGGAUGAUAUUAAUCAUCACAACCAUCACAAAGACAAUACGAUGAAUCAAUAUGACAACAUGUACCACCAAAAUGAUGAAAAAACAGAGUCAAUCAGUAGCAAGAAAAAGAAGGACAAGAAGAAGAAGAAAGAGAACAAAAAGAAAGACAAGAAGGAUAAAAAGGAAGAAAAGAAGCAAAAGGAGAAAUUGACUAAGGAAGAAAAGAAGGAUAAACAGGAAGAAAAAAAGCAAAAGAAAUUGGAAAAGGCAAAUAAGGAAAAAAAAAGUCAGAAAAAAAGAAACAAAAAACAAGUAAUUCUGAAUCACAUCCGCAUGUACAGCAAAUAA